CCCAACUUGUUGCUGAGUCGCGCGGUGGAAAGUAGAACGUUGCAUUUUUCGUGCUGCUUCGCAACUUGUUCAUGAUAUCAUCUCUGACCCUGAACAGGCACAUAAUCGGCCUCACUUGCACAGGCACUUUGUGCUGGGCAUUUGAUGCAUCCCACGAGCUGGCGGUCUGAUACUGACUCCGCGCCCUGUAGUUGGCCUGGCUCUCUGCGGAAAGGUGUCCUUACAGGUUCCGUGGAACAAGUUGCGACCGGUUUAGCAUUACUAUGGUAUUUGUUCAGCUUUGUCGAUUUCGAUAAGCCUAACACUUCCAUAGAAAGAGAAAUCGAGGAUGACGUCUUCCUCCUCAAUAUUCUGGACGAAGCAACACCCUUCGAAGCGACUACCCUGGCACUGCUGAAGGACUACGUGUACUUAUUGCUAUUUCUCAUUCUCUUUAUUUUUUGAUGUGAUUGUCGAUGUUGAUUGUUAUCUAUGCAUAGCUGAUCAUGUCUUCGGGCCACCUUCCUAGGCAUCAGUAACUAAUGCUGAGCUUUUCGAACAUUUGAUUCAGAGCAUGAUCAAUCCAUAAUAUAUCGUCGGAGAAUUAUGCGCAAUCAUAUCAGGAGCCGCUUCAUUGCACUUGAGGUGAUUUCCUUCACGUAACAUCGUCAGGUUUGCGUUUUUCGGAAUUCCCAUUAGAACGGUCCAGACACCGAAGACCCCAGUUUCACCACCCGGCGUUCUCGCACUGUCAGAGAAAACCAAUCGCCCCCUCAAGCAGCGGAAUUCGCGCUUACCUGAUGUCGUGGCAAAGUCAACCAGGGUAAUGACUACUUAUUUUUUUUUCCACUGAAGGCGCGCGGUGGCGCCACCUCCGAGGGAUAAAGAGUUUGACAAGUCAAGAACGCGACGGUUAUUUGCGUCCUCGACUCUGCCUGGAAGUACAGGAGGGACGAGGAUUCUGGCUGCGGUUGUACCAAACCAAAGUGCAACGAACUUACUUGCACACUGAGAGCGCCGCCUGCGCCAUCUUGGGAUCUUUCAUUAUACUUUCACUCCGCGGUCGCUUUGUUAUUGUUUUCGCGGUAGCAGUUUGUUCCAAACCUCCAAAACCGUAGAACUACAGACUGUAGUCGCUGAGUCAUCUUCAUAUAAAAGGACAACGCGUUCUUCUCCUUCUCUCAGGUGGACCACCUUUUUGAGUGUCUGCGCGAACAGACCGAAGCGGGCGGUGGCAUGGGUCCCUUCCCUGAGGCAGCGGGGGUCCUUGGAGUCUACAGUGGUGAGUUCUACGAAAACGACGUUCCAUCUGACAUCUUCCGCGGGUUGGACCCCACGGACCCGGCGCCCGACGAGAAAACGCAGGGCUUCGGACUACACCGCCCGCGCAUCAGCAUCCUGUCCCUGACCCAUCUGAAGCCCCGGCUUAGCACGCGGCACGAAUGCAACCUAAUGCGCCCCGCGAUCGCGACGGAGGAGGGCCUGCCCCGCAAGCACCAGUACCGCCAGUACAUACGGAAUCUCCUCAAGGCCGUCAGUCACUUUUUGCUGAAAUUGUUGAAGUUCGAAGGGUGCCAGAACCAGAGGUGCCUUUUGUACCGUCAGCCGUUCACGACCGGCCACGCGCUGUUUCUGUGUCCGGAGUGCGAGGUCAAAUUCUGCCGGAGGAUGGCUGUCCGCCCAGAACAGCGGUUCUUCCGCGAAAACUACGGCGAAGGAACAGGUGGGGCGGACCAGAUGAAGUUCGUUCGCAUAUCGAGAGGAAAAAUCGCACACCAUGCUCGAGAGGGGACUUGUGAUGUUACUUGAUUCAACAUCGUGUACAAGACAAAUCGCCUCUGUCUUGCAGCUAGGGGCCGGCCCCAGGCAUAUUAUAAUUCCAGGCCGAUUUUUUCAGUGGGUUGCAGUUUCUAGAACUCCAACCGUUCAGCAUGAUAGCCGGUUCAUCUUUUGUAGGCUGAAACGCGUGGUCCUCACGGAUUGCUUGCCCUAGCUUACGUGCCCUGUAUUAAUUAUGCAAGUGCAGCAAGGCAGAGGUAUGUGUUUUUGCGUACCUACCUAGCAGGCUACACAAAUAAGUAUAUAAUUUAUAAGCUGCGCUUACUUUCAAAAAAUGCGGGACCACGAUGCAGGGACUUUUCCUCGUGAUAUCGGAGGACCACGGAAGAGGACGGCGGCCACGAGGAGCUGGCCCGGCAGUUUGCCGAAAAAAGGUAUGAAAUGCUCACCAAAGUUCUCCAACAGUGUCACAAACACACGGUUUCGUACCAGUUUGAAUACCGGAGAUACGGCGAGUUUGACCGGGAAUUGGAAUGGUACUUGCUUACGACUGGUCCCCUUUGGAAUUGACUUGACUUUCUUAUAUUUAUUAUUUCUGUUUCUAUUGAAUUUAAAUUUAUUGUUGUUGUUCUGCUUGCUUCAUCUAUGACGUGGUUUAAUAAUAAUAUCUUUAUUUCAAAACGGCAGGACUUAUUUAUUUUCAUACACAGAUAGUCCAACUAUCGGUCGCAAUUCCCUCCAAUUUUCGACUCUUACUACACAGGCUUCACUACGCACUGAAAGUUUUUCGCGCCAAGAAUCCAGAGCGCCACGAAUUUGUGGACAAAAGCCACAACGAAAGGUGUAAGCGAAGAAGUCUGUCCACCCUGCUGCACACCGUGUACCGGGAUACGAGAGUGCAUAACUACCUCCCCUCCCCCUGAUAAGUACGGCAUCAACAGCAGUACAAACGCCAUCACACGUAGAGCGUGCAGCCGUGCAUCAUGACAAAAUCCCGCGCAAAAUGUAGUAAGUACUGUUUGGGCUUCGGGAUUUUUUGUCCCGCAGACAGUGCCACAUCAAUGCAGCAGCUAGAAGAUUGUGGGUUUUGCAGAACGAAUGAGGGGGAGGGGGAGUUGUGCGCCCGCAUACUUGAGACGCCAAGUAUACAGGUUUUGCACCGCACUUUGGAGGAGCCCUACUUGAAGUUCCGCUCACUCGCGGAUAUGCGGUACAGGAAACUGUUUCUAUUAACUUGUUAUCUAGUACGUCUGCAAACUAUAAUAUUUUCAGUAUGAUUCUUGUUAUUUGUCCCUGAGGUCGUCGUCGUCGUUAAGCUGGUUUUCACCUUGCAAAUACAUCACCGCCACGACCCACGAGUCGUUGUUUUUCGUUGAAGUUUAAACCUCUCAUCCUGUUCCUUCUGCAACCUCAGGGAAAGCGGACCGCACCAAACGCCGGUGCCUUCGGAAAAUGCCGGAUACGCGGAAGCUUUCUUUAACAAGCGGCAUUCGACGGGUGGCACCUACUUCGAAAUGGGCGGCAAUUUGAUGCCGAAGAGCGUCGGCAACUUCCCAAAAGUGGGCCUCAACGCCGUGAUUAGUAAAAACGACAAACCGCUUAUGGAACUGGAAAACGUCAUCGCUAUCACCAUUUUGCAGGUCGUUUUGUACGAAAAACUUGUCUAGCAUAUCAAUACAUCUUUCGUUGCAGAAGCACAAGGAAGAAGGUGGGCAUUACAUUUCUUUGAACCUUCGCUCUCGAUCUCGUCCUCGUGCACUUUCAUCUUGCAUGACUGGUGACUGGGAAUUUUGUAUUGCAGCAGAAAUGUACUCACUACGACUACUUCCAACAGUUAUAGCGAUGGCGUUUUUUCCUCGGAUUCUAUACGGUAUCGGGCCUUCGGGCAUCAAUCGGCCAGUUAAGACUGGACGAUCCCCUCCAAGAAAAGACUAGAGUCUAGAGAUGACUGCAACAAAACAAGAAGCGCUACGAAAGAGCCUCUUCUUGGAGUCAACUUCUUAUUUGUACGGUGUGCUACUUCAUGUAGUUGUUUCUGUUUCCCUUUAUUGUUUCCCAGAUGUCUUCCUCACAAAUGAAACUGUUACAGGAACGAACGGCAGAUGUUACUGCUCGUGCAAGUAUUCAUCACAACCUUCCCUAUUCCGGGUGUACGGUUUGAGAUUCCGGGAAUUCUGUACUAUAGUUUGUUUGCGUCCUUCGGGAUUUGAUUGUAUGCACCAAUUUGAAAGGCGUCGACUGCCAGUGAGUAUGGAAAUCUGCCCCAGGCGGCGUUUUCUUGAUUU